AUGGUGAAGGAUUGCUUAGAUUAUGCUCAGAGGUGCGAUGCUUGUCAAUUUCAUGUGAAUUUCAUACAUCAGCUGCCCCAAGUAUUGGACCCAACUAUCAUAUCUUGGUCAUUUGACGCCUGGAGAUUGGAUAAUUUUGGAGCACUACCAAAGUCUUUUAGUGGACAUUUGUACAUCUUGGCUGCAACUGUUUACUUUUCAAAAGGGCCUGAAGCUAUCGCUCUUAAAGAGGUGAAGAAAGAGAGUGUUGCAAAUUUUAUUCUAGUAAAUCAUCUAUCUCUUUGGCACCCCUUCUAUAUAAUAACAGACAAUGGCAAGCCAUUCGAUAACAAGUUAAUGAACAAGAUUUGUGAUCUCUUUGGAUCCAAGCAGCAUAAAUCUUCUAUAUACCUUGUUGCCGCCAAUGGUCUUGCCGAAGCAUUCAAUAAGACUCUAUGCAACCUGCUCAAGAAACUUGUAUCCAAAUCCAAAUGGGAUUGGCAUGAAAAAAUGGAAGAAGAUUUCUGGAAAUAUAGGACAAUAUAUCGCACUCCAACUCAAGCAACACCAUAUUCACUUGCUUUUUGA